AUGGAGGAGUUCGAGUACUCUCUCGAGAACGAGCAGCAGUUCUGGGACGAACUCGAGGAUAUCGUAUCUGCGAACUGCCCUUCCCACCAAUUGAUCGAUAAUGCGCUGCGAUCUUUCCUCCACUUUACGACAAAGUUCAAGGACGAGUACCUGAAUUCCGAUCACGACUUCGCGCAAUGUCUCCAGAAACUCUUGCAGAGCGAGCUGUUUCAGGCGAAUAAGAAUUAUGUGAGGAUUCAGAUUGUCUACAGUCUACUGCAGGAAGAUGAGGCAGCGACACUCUACGUAAUUUCGAGCUUCUUACUAUUUGACGGGAGGCAGAAUGAGGCAACGUUUGAGAUGAUGAAUACCGAGGGCUGCUUCCUACGGCUAGUGGAUUUGAUUAAGAUGGGAAAGAGGGACGAUGCAAGGUUACAUCGAAUGCUAUUAGAAUUGUUAUAUGAGAUGUCUCGUUGCCAACCUCUCAGUGGUCUGGACCUGAGUCAGGUAGACGAUGAAUUCGUUGUCAUGCUCUUGCAGAUAAUUGAAGAAUUAUCCGACGACGUAGACGACCCAUAUCAUUACCCAGUCAUUCGGGUACUACUGGUUUUGAACGAGCAAUGGAUGGUAGCAUCUACGCGAUCACCUUUGGAACCUGAUUCUCCCUCUACACCUCUCACAAACCGUGUAAUCAAGAUCCUAUCUCUCCAUGGCUCCUCUUACAUGACAUUCGGGGAGAAUAUUAUCCUCCUCCUCAAUCGGGAAACAGAAACUUCCCUCCAACUCCUCAUCCUCAAGCUACUUUACCUCCUUUUCACUACACGAGCAACGCACGAAUAUUUCUACACCAACGACUUACGAGUCCUCUUGGAUGUCAUAAUCCGUAACCUUCUCGACCUACCGAACGAGCUGGUCUCCCUGCGCCAUACCUAUCUGCGAGUCAUGUACCCCCUCUUGGCGCACACACAGCUCAACCAACCACCCUACUACAAGCAUGACGAGAUCCUCAAAGUCCUCAGCAUUCUCGGUGGCUCCGGAAACGCACAUUGGGAACCCGCCGACGAAACAACAGUCCGCCUCGUACACCGCGUUGCAAAAGUACCCUGGCUCCGAGACGACGACGUCGUAAGCGAAGGAGAAGUAGCGCGGAAGCUCCUUGGGAUCUCUCUCUCGCCCACACAAACCGCGAGCAUGGUAAGCGUAGUCGAUGUAGCAGGAGUAAUGGAAAAGCCAGGCGUGCAGACACCAAGCAGGAAGCUGGAAUUCGAGGAGGGAGUGCUCGAUCAUGAUAGAGAGAAGGGAGAGAAAGAAAACCUGGAGAGCCAGGAAAGGACGACUCCUACAAAGAGACAUCCUCCCCCUCCGGUACGGAGCAGGAGACAUGCCCCUCCUCCAGCUCCGCCUCUGAUCCAAGUCAACGGCGGCAAGAAAUUGCCUCCAAAAGCGCCUCCUAGGAGGCGCACAAAGCUCAAAUCGAUGUCCUCGUCGGGGAAUCUCGAGCACCAAGCUCAAGAGUAA